AUGGAGCCGCUAUCCAUCGACUCCGUGGUCGUCAACCAUGGCGAAGUGAACCCCUCGCCGGGAACUCCUCCUUCAGACGCCAUCAUGAUCGAGCAGCCAAAGAUGAAGGGCAGGCAGCGUCUGUUCAUGGGCCUACAACGCAUGGCGUCUUCCAAUAGUCUAGCACACAUGAGCAGACCUCGUUCACACAGUCUGAGAAGCGGCGGAAAGGCAUCCAUGUCUUGCGUCUCCCUUGCAUCGCCUGGCUCGCCGUAUGGAAACUCAUUCGGCAGUUCCUAUUCGUCGGAACUGUCGAAUGGUUACUCUACGGCACCAACAUCCGUAGCCAACAGCCCGCCCGGCACUCCUUUCUGGGAUGAGAGGACCCGCCUACGCAUGAAAACACCAGACGUUCCAUCCUCAGUACCUCUCCCUUCGGCACGACGACCCUUCACCCGGGAUGGCACCGAGGCCGAGAGCGACUACUUCUCGCGGCCUGUACGCAAGGUACAGAGACGAGCCAACUUCAAUUUUUGGGGCGACAUGCCCACCGAGAUUCGCAUGCAGAUUCUCAGAUAUCUCGAACCCAAGGAAGUUGUGCGAUGUUCUCGCGUCUCCAAAUCGUGGCAUACCAUGUGCUUCGACGGUCAGCUGUGGAGCGAUCUCGAUACGAGCAACUUUUACCGCGACAUCUCAGCCAACGCUCUGGUCAACAUCAUCACAUCGGCGGGUCCGUUUGUCAAGGAUUUGAACUUGAGAGGCUGCGUACAACUGAGGGAACACUGGGGCAAGGACGGCUUCAUUGAGUCCUGCCAGAAUCUGGAGAACUUUUCGCUACAGGGAUGCCGGAUUGACCGGACGUCUAUCCACUGCUUCCUACUUCAAAACAGCCGCCUCGUUCACGUCAAUCUCUCGGGUCUCGCAGGCGCAACAAAUGCAGCGAUGAAGAUUCUGGCCGCACACUGCCCAAGAGUCGAAGUCUUGAACAUCUCAUGGUGUAACAACAUCGACAACCGUGGGCUGAAAAAGGUUGUCGAGGGUUGUAAAAAAUUGCGAGACAUCAGAGCUGGUGAAGUACGAGGCUGGGAUGACGUCGACCUGAUGGUGGAAUUGUUCAAGCGAAACACUCUGGAAAGGCUUGACCUCAAGAACUGCGACAGUCUCAAUGAUGAAGCGCUGGCUGCUUUGAUCGAGGGCGUAGACGAAGAGGUCGACGUCCUUACCGACCGGCCAAUCGUCCCACCUAGAAACCUCAAGCACCUGAACCUCACUCGUUGCCGCAGUAUCACUGAUACUGGCCUGAAGACGUUAGUACACAACGUCCCAUGUCUAGAAGGCCUCCAAGUCUCGAAAUGCGGUGGACUCACCGAUGAUUCGUUGAUCAGCUUACUGCCUACUGUGCCAGUUCUUACGCAUCUAGACGUUGAAGAGAUCGACGGAUUGACCAACGAAGUCCUGAAGACACUCGCUGAAGCUCCAUGCGCCCCUCAUCUGCGACACCUCUGCAUCUCCUACUGCGAAAAUCUAGGAGAUACGGGCAUGCUCCCCAUACUGAAAGCCUGCACCCGUCUCGCAUCACUUGAAAUGGAUAACACACGCAUCUCCGACCUCGUCCUCGCAGAAGCUGCAUCAGGCCUCCGCAACCGCAACCGCGCCGCUCGUGGCUUAACCAACUCAGAGCGCCCAGAGGUUGGUCUUCGCAUCGAAGCAUAUGACUGCGCAAAUGUAACAUGGACCGGUGUUCGCGAAGUCCUAUCUCGAAAUGCAGAGAUCACACGUCCUUCUUCGCGCUCUGCGAGCAAAGUCGCGACGUAUCCACGUGAGAUUAUCAAGCUCAAGUGCUUCCAUAACUGGCAACCUACAGUGGAGGAACAUACCAAGCGUGUCUUGAGGGGUGAUUUCGCAGCCGCCGCGCGUUUGGAACGCAAGUGGGCCGAUUGGAUGAUGCUAAAUGAGGAAGCAGGUGUUGGUGGUGCUGGAGCUAGGCGGCGGAGAAGAAGAGCGAGGGAAGCGCAGAUGAUGCAUGCGGAUGAAGAGGAAGGCGGCGCUGGUGCUACUGGCGGUGUUGGUCGUCGCCGCCGUGCUCGAAGUGGUCCAGGCGGCUGCACUGUGAUCCGAAAAGGAAACAUGGAUGAUCAAUGGGAAAUUUCCAAGACCAACCUUGAGGCUUUUCGCAUCGCGGGUCUACCACCAGACUUCUACUACAUUUCAGAUUUCAUCAGCGCAGAAGAAGAAUCGUCAAUUGUGCAGAAGAUACCAGCUCAGAGAUGGACACACCUCACUCAUCGGCGUCUCCAGGCUCUGCCCUCCACCCUCACUAAAAACAAUACCUUGCUCGCCGCCCCUUUGCCCGCUUACCUCACCAACCCCAUCCUAUCUCGCUUUAAAGACCUAGGAAUCUUUGACCACACACCGCACAGCCAGCCGAACCAUGUUCUCGUCAACGAGUAUAGACCCGGUGAGGGCAUCAUGCCACACGAAGACGGAGAUGCGUAUGCCCAUGUCGUUGCGACGGUUAGUCUAGGUGCGGGUUUAUGCUUGAAUGUGCUCCCUAAACCGGAGCCUUUUUCCAUUCAAGAAGGAAAGCAGGAUGGGGGUAAUGAGGGCCAAGGAGAUGGGAAGAAGGACAGGAAUGAGAGGCAGGAGAUCGAGCAAUCUUCACCUACUAGAAACGAGGACGACCAGCAAGAGAGAAUGUUGCAUCUACCUACACGUAUCUUUCAGGAACCCCGCUCCUUGCUCAUCACAACGGGUCGUGCAUAUCGGGAGCUGAUGCACGGUAUCUCGUCUAUUGAGGUUGAUAAGGAAUUGAGCGAGGGAACGGUGGCGAAUUGGGGAUUAUUGAGUCAGGAAGGGAAAGGUGCGAUCGCUAGGGAUGGUGGCAGUAAUCUCAGAGGUACAAGAGUGAGCCUGACAUAUCGGGAUGUAAUCAAGGUUAGCACGGCAGCGAGUAGAGUGUUUGGUUUGGGGAGGCGAUGA